AUUCACGUGUACAUGGGCUUCAUGAUGUCCAUCAUCGGGGCCGGCAUGCUCUCCGUGCCGUACACGCUGGUGCUCGUACCAAUGUGGCAGGCGCUGGCUGGGAUCGCCUUCGUGGGCUCAGCGAUGUCGUGCACGGCCAACGCGCUGCUCCACGCCCACGUUCACGCCGCGGCGCGGGCGGAGUUCGAGGCGCACGCACUGGGGGCUGGGAGCGAGUUCGUGGGCUUCCAGUCUCUCGCGCGCCGUGCGGGAGGACCAGUUCUGGGCUACGCGGUGUCGCUCAUCAUGGCCAGCGGAGUCUACGGCGGCUGUGUAGGCAACAUCCAGAUCAUCCGUGACUUGACGCCUUUCGUGGUAGAGCUGGUGUAUGGUGGGGCCAAGGACUUGUCGGAGAGCGGGCAAGAACACGCCAAGCAGAUCGUCAUGUGGGCGCUACUGGCCGUGGUGCUGCUACCUCUAUGUAUGCUGCGCAAACUGUCGGCGCUGCAACCAACCAACUACGUGAGCUUCGUACUCUCGCUCUACCUCGUGGGUGCUGUGGUCUACCGCUCUCUGGAAGGGUACAAGCCUACCAUAGACGCUCAAACAUUAUCGACGGAAACUAACAGCUCGUUAGUGCACGGCAGUACGUCUGGAAGCGAGUACUCUAGUUCUGGCAGUGUCGACGUUCAGGUGGUCAGCACUUCAACGGAUGAUGCCACAGACACCUCAAAGCUCGACGGCAACAGCUUUACUCGCCUGGCUCAGUCCAUCUCGAUCUACAACUUCGCGUUUAUGAUGACGCUCAACUUGCUGCCGCUCUUCGUGCAGCUCCUCAAGACGAACGGAGGCAGCAACUUGCCAAGACGUGGGGCCAUGAGGAACUUCACCACGUUCUUGACGGCGCCUCCGCUCCUGGCGACCCGCUUGCAGAUGAUGAAGUGCAUUUUCGGAGCAACUUUCGUCUGUGCAAUUCUUUACGGGGCCAUCGGCAGCGCAGCGUUUGAUCUCUACGGCGACGACAUCGACGGCAAUAUCCUGCUGAAUCUGGAGAGCGACCCAGUCAUGAAGAUCCCUCUCGUCGCGACGUACUUGACGGUGCUGUUCACGUUCCCGCUGCUCUUCCUGCCACUUCGUUCUCUCGUUGAGGAGCUACUGGAUCAAACCGACAAGCGGGAUAAGGUUCCCGGUCCUACCAGGCUUGUGAUCGUCCUGGCGCUUCUCUGCAGUCAGCAAAUUAUCGCGCUCAACGUCUCGGGCAUUGAGGUGGUUUUCUCCCUGAUGGGAGCCACGAGCUGCCUUGUCAUCUGCUACGCGUUUCCAGUGAUCGCCUUCACGACGGUGUAUCCAUGGCGUCGAGCUCGUCACGGCUUCCUCUGGGUUUCGGUGCUCUGGGCGAUCGUGGUUAUCGUGAGUGUUCAAGGUGCCACGUGUGUUUGGUUGCUACUCACA